GCUCUCGUCUCCAUCACACACAAACGAUGGUGUUCGCAGUAUGCCUAGCUCUCCUCGCACUCUCCGCGGCCGGCGUACGCGCCGGUAAGAUGACCGAAGGCCAAGCCUGCGACCCAUCGCGCAACCGGCUCGAUUCACAAACGUACAACUUCCUCAGCGACUGCGACCCCCAGACAUGGUGCGGGCCAGACAACAUCUGCAUCAAGCGCGGGUGUCGUCGCGACAUUUACCCCUACGGCUACUACGGCACACCAUACGAUCAGCUUCCUCCACUUUGCCCCGAGGGCCAGUUCUGCCCAGAUGAGGGAAGCAGCUGCAUGCCCAAGAGCCCAGUUGGUGGGCCCUGCCAGAAGGAUCGUGACGACCAGUGCGCGCCGCCCCCCAACCAGAAGGAGCUCGCGUCGUACCUCAACGUUAACGGGUCCACCUGCCUCGGCUUCCAGUGCUACUACGCCGACGUAGAGACAGGCAAGCCCUGCAUCUUCGAGAACACAUGGUAUGUCGGCACCGCCGAUGACGGCACUACCUUCACGUAUGCAGUCUCGCGCGACAACUGCCGCAAGAACUUGUACUGCGACGGCACGACACAAUUGUGCAACCCCAAGCGUGACAAGGGACAGGGCUGCACGGCCAACAAGGAGUGCAAGUCGUUCAACUGCGUCAAGCCCCGCGCCGACGAGGCAGGCAUCUGCGGCCGUGAGGCGGACGAACCUCUCAAGCCCAAGCCAUGGGUGUACGUCGUGAUCGGCCUCGCAAUUGUCAUUUGCCUUGUUGCUGUCAUGACUGGCCUUUGGCUCCUGCACCGCCGCGCGCGCGAGGAAAACCAGGUCAAGCUCCAGGAGUACUACAACGAGCAGAUCGCGUACCGCCAGUCGAUCAUGAGCAUGUCGCACGCGAAGAACUCGCUCCUUUCCCUCCCCGCCAACACAACGCCCAACGCCGCCCGCGCGUCGCUCUACAGCGAGCAGGACAGCAUGGGUCUCUCGACGGCCAACGGCCUCCUGCCACCCAACAUGCGCCGCGAGACGAGCCAGGCGUGGUCGGACGACUCGGAGGUCCUCACCGACCAGCAGCGCCAAGGCAACAGCAUGCGCUUCCGCGGUCAGUUUUAGACUUGGGCGUCAUCUGCAGACGCCGCACCCUCAUUACAUAUGACAUUGACCUACACGGACAAGCGAUGCAUGGCUGUACAUCAAGG